AGUGCGCACUUACCCUCCGUUUCUGAGUUUCUUUUGGAACGGUACACGGCGCGGGGCGGGGGGGGUGCGGAUUUUGCACCAUCAGCGCCAAGGAGUGUGUGAGGCGAGAGGCGAUUGAUUUCUGCUGGGUGGCGGUCGGGACGAGGCAGAAGAUGGGCUGCCCCGCUGGUUCCCACGUGGGGCUCAGCCGUCCUGGGUUUGCCUGCGAUUCUCCAGACCUGGUUGACCUUGAGACCGCAGGUGACACUUCAGGUUGAAGAUGCCGGGCAGUAAGGGAAGACCUGGGUCUGCUGCACCCUGUGUGCUGGCCCAGAAGUGGUCCUGUGAAAACCCUGGAGGCCCCCUGAAAGUCCAGUGGGCAUUCUCAAGAGGAAAGUUUGAAGGCUGAAUGGAAUCUCAAGUCAGAGAUGAUAAGUAGUUGAGUCCUAUACUGAAGUUGGAUUCAUUUGCUACCAGAGAGAACAGAACUAGAUCUGAACCUGGUUCCAGCCUGGAUCCCUUCCUGCUCUAAAUCCUGGUUGUAAAAUAGAUAUGCUGCAAUCUUUUAUGACUCUUUUGGAGACCUCAUCAUGUCUUUGUGCGAAGACAUGCUGCUUUGCAAUUACCGAAAGUGUCGCAUCAAGCUCUCUGGUUAUGCUUGGGUCACUGCCUGCUCACACAUCUUCUGUGACCAGCACGGCAGUGGUGAGUUCAGUCGUUCACCAGCUGUCUGCCCUGCCUGCAACAGUACUCUUUCUGGAAAGCUGGAUAUAGUUCGUACAGAACUCAGCCCAUCAGAGGAGUACAAGGCCAUGGUAUUGGCAGGGCUGCGACCAGAGGUUGUGUUGGACAUUAGCUCCCGAGCAUUGGCCUUCUGGACAUACCAGGUACACCAGGAACGUCUCUAUCAAGAAUACAAUUUCAGCAAGGCUGAGAGCCACCUGAAGCAGAUGGAGAAGAUCUAUACGCAGCAGAUACAGAGCAAGGAUGUAGAAUUGACCUCUAUGAAAGGGGAAGUCACCUCCAUGAAGAAAGUGCUAGAAGAGUACAAGAAAAAGUUCAGCGAUAUCUCUGAAAAACUUAUGGAGCGCAAUCGGCAGUACCAAAAGCUCCAGGGCCUUUAUGAUAGUCUCAGGCUCCGAAAUAUUUCUAUUGCCAGCCAGGAAAAUACCCUCGAACCAGCUGUGAUUCCACACUCUGGUGUCUUUGGCUUUCCAGGAGGGAACAACUCCAAGUUUCCUUUGGACCAUGCGCCAGUUCAAAAUCGGAGUGGUGGAGAUGAAGAUUUUCAGUUCAGACCAUUUCUCGUGGGUUCUCCCACAGCACCUGAACCCAGCAACAACUUUUUUAGUUUUGCCUCUCAAAGUCAUGAGUUAGAACAGCAGCAGGUCUGUAGCAGGGCCUUCAAAGUGAAAAGAAUCUAGUUCAUUUUCUGUGCAGAAUGUUUGUCUGUGGUGAUUUUGAUGUCAUACACUUUAUUCUGGGUGGGCCUUGAAGUGUCGCCGUGGUGUCGUCCUUGAAGGUGCCUUCCUGUGGAUGGUUUCUUUCUUUCUCUUCCUUAGAGCAUGAGCAUUUCAUUAGUUGUAAUUUCUGUCUUCACCAAUGGUGAAACAGUCACAGCACUGUUUCCCAGAUCACUGUUUCAGGCCACUAUUUUGUGCUUGUGUGUGUGUGUAAGAACCAGUAUGCUUACAUGCCACUGUGGACUCUGGUAUUUGCAUGUAUGUGUGUGUAUACUUUGUAUUUGCCAGUAUAUUUAUGUAAGAAUUAUGGUCUUGGAAAAUGCUGUCUACUUGGCUGUACUGUACAUUGUUAGAUGUUUUCAUAGCUGCUUAUUUGGAGGUGUGCUUCUGCCAGUGAAAGCGCACUUGACGCCUGUAUAUUCAGUUUCUCCUUAUUUAGGUAAA